UGAAGCAUCAGCAAAACCCUAUUUAUUUUCCCUAUACAAAAGAGGAUGGACGAAUGAGCAUAAACUGUGCUUGAGGUUAGGGGUGGAUUCACACACAAGAUAAAUAUCACACUCGUGUUUCAGAUCAAUCUCAGUGUUUCAAACAUUUCAAGGGUUGCCAUUGCGGGCUUUUCAGUGAACCAAUGAAGAAAAUGUUUGUCAAGUUACUUUUGUUGUUUUUGUGGAAUCUGAUUGGUGUGUUUGGUUUUAAAGUGAGCAUCUCAGUGAACGAGGGAGAGUCGAUCACUCUUAACUCUGGUCUCACUGAAAUACAGACAGAUGAUGACAUAGUGUGGACGUUUGGAAAUGACAGGUCUACUAUAGCUAUAAUCAACAGAGUGACCAAAAGUAUACUUGAUAAUCCUGAUGUGAGAUUCAGAGACAGACUGAAGCUGGAUCACCAGACUGUAUCUCUGACCAUCACCGAAAGCAGAAUAUUAGACUCUGGACUUUAUGAAGUGACCGUCACCAACAGCAGGGAUUUAGAGAUUAAAUACAAUUCGAUGUUCGAUGUUUCUGUCUACGAAAGGUUUGUUGAGACCGAUACAAAGAAGUCAGCGAUGGAGGGAGAUUCAGUCACUCUACACAGUGGUCGUACUUAUCUGAAUGAUGACUGGAUUCAGUGGUGGUUUAUAAAUAAAGACAAUUUAAUAGCUGAAAUCAAUAUACCAGAGAGCAGAUUCUCUGUGUAUGAUGAUGUUCUUGAUGGGAGAUUCAGAGACAGACUGAAGCUGGACGAUCAAACUGGAUCUCUGACCAUCACAAACAUCACAACUCAACACACUGGAGAAUAUGAACUAGAGUACAACACUUGGAGCAGGCCUUCUUUUCAUCUCAAUGUCUACACUCAUCUACCUGUUCCUGUCAUCAGCAGAAACACUUCACAAUAUUCAUCAUCAUCAUCACAGCAGAAUUGUUCACUGUUGUGUUCAGUGGUGAAUGUGAGUCAUGUGACUCUCUCCUGGUACAAAGGAAACAGUUUAUUGUCCAGCAUCAGUGUGUCUGAUCUCAGCAUCAGUCUCUCUCUACCUCUGGAGGUGGAAUAUCAGGAGAAAAACAGCUACAGCUGUGUGAUCAACAAUCCCAUCACAAACCAGACCACACAUCUGGACAUCACUCAGCUCUGUCACACAUGUACAGAUUUGGUGAAGCUGUGAUCCGAUUGGUCCUCUUUGCUCGGCAGUGCAUCCGUCAAGGCAAAAGUCUCAGGUAAUCAAAUGUGAUUUUUUCAAAACGAACAAUUACAUUUACAGUUUACUUAAUGUUUUCAUUCAUUUACACUCAUUGUACAACACAAGAAAACAUUAUAAAUGUGAUUCACUGGUUUUUGAGUCAAA